AGGGAGGUAGGGAUAACAUGGUUGCCAAUAGCUAAACAAAUUAGGGAGAUUUGAUGAAAUCAAGUAGCGCAAAUGGUUAAGAAAGUUGGCUCAAUUUGUGGUUAAUCGAGAAAAUUGAGAGUCACGGAGGUUGGCAAUCGUGCUUAUGUGGGAAAGAGAUGGCAAUAUAGAAGUCCAAAAAUGAGAGAGAGAGGAACGUAGAAAAGCAUCGCAAAGCCCAAGGUCUGCUGACUUGAAAAGUUGCGCGUCAGUCAAACAUAAUCUGUUCUCCCAUCGUGAAGCUUGUGCGAGGUUUUUCGUGGGCUCGGACUUUUAUUUUUUUUUGCCUCCGAGAGAGUGAAGAAGUUGGUAGAGUGUUAUAUAUAUUUUGUAAUAGAAAAACACCAACAACAUAAUGUUGAUAUUGGAAUAGAAAGUGCGCUGUUGCCAGUCUUGUGUCUCUCUAUCUCUUUCACACCAAUGGCAAAAUAUAUUUGAUAAAUUUUUCCACAAUGGCUCACAAGAGAGUGGGAUAAAUUAAGAGCGAGUCUCUUGUGUUUAAAUUAAUCUCCAUUCUGCUGCAUUAAUUGAUUAAGAUGUCUCUUGCAGAGUGUCACUUUUUAGUCUCACUUUUUUUUCCAUGCUAAUAUAAUACUCCAUUCAGUCCAUGGUUAUCACUUUAUCAUGACAUUUUGUUUAUUUUGUCUCGAUGAGUAGAAAAAAUGAAUACACUUGAAGUCUUUUUUUAUCACCUCCGCCCUCUGAAUAAAUGUUUUUUGAUGGUUAAGAUUAACUUUUUUUUAUAUUUGGAUCUUUGAAAAAAUAAAUCUGUGAAAAGAAAUCACUGCAGGAGAUAAAAGGAUCAUAAUUUUCCUUUUUUUUAAAUUUCAUCCCAAAUUUGAAUUAUUGAUUAACUAUCUCUAUGUGUGAAAACCUUCAAAGUUGCCUCCCCACUUGGCAAAUUGUCGAAUCAGUCUGUCGAAAAAAUAUUACGCACACACCAAGAGGGGCUCAUUACGCAUUUUACUCAAUCCAUAUAGGAAAAAAGCUGAGAAGAAAGAUAGCACAGUAGUUGGUCUUUAGCUCUUGAGAAGAACAAGGCAGUGCCUGAACAAAGACGAUUUUGAUUUAGUGUUAGAAUAAAAAAGAAAAAAGAAUUUAAGUAUUAGAAAGAUGCUUGAGAUUAUUAAUAAUCUUGUAAAAUAUUUGCUGUACAAUCUGCUACAAAGUAGAUUAUAGAAGGGAGGAAACAAUGUUAGUUCUGAUGAAGAAAGAAAGGCAGAAAUGUAUUCAACUACUAAAAUGACUUUUGUGAUAAGAAAGUAGUGAAUGAAAUUGACAUCGUGUCCAGCUCGAAAGAUUAUUUUCAAGUGACAGUGGAUUGUUGGGGUGUGGAAGAAAGGCUGAAGCACAAGACGAUUCCUCAUCUUGUGCUCAAGGAGCAAAAGACAAAAGAAGUCGAAAGUCAGAGAGAGAAAAGAGAAACGAAAGGAUUCCAAGUGCAAGAAGAUAUAGCAAGCAUUUUAUGCUUCGCUAGAUAGAUCCUUCGAUAUUUUCUCUUUAUUUUCGUAUUUUCUUUUUAUUUUGUCAUCCAUACAAAUUUAUUCGCUCACACUUUCCUGGAGGCGGAAAGGGUGGAAUUUUCUUUUGAGACCGACGAGGGAAGACGAGACUGAGCGUCAGAAUGUCGUCUCCAAGUGCGGGAAAGCGUCGCAUGGACACAGAUGUCAUUAAAUUAAUCGAGAGUAAACAUGAAGUGACGAUUUUAGGAGGUUUAAAUGAGUUUUGCGUGAAGUUCUUUGGGCCACGAGGAACCCCUUAUGAGGGAGGUGUGUGGAAAGUCCGUGUUCAUCUACCAGAGCACUAUCCCUUCAAAUCACCCAGCAUCGGAUUCAUGAACAAAGUGUACCAUCCAAAUAUUGAUGAAGUUUCUGGGACAGUGUGCUUAGAUGUCAUCAAUCAAGCGUGGACUGCUCUUUAUGAUUUGAGCAACAUCUUCGAAUCCUUUUUGCCGCAGCUACUCACAUAUCCAAAUCCUGUGGAUCCUCUCAACGGAGAUGCGGCUGCCAUGUAUCUUCACAAACCGGAGGAGUAUAAAAAGAAAGUAUCAGAUUACGUGAAGAGAUUUGCAACAGAAGAAGCUCUCCGUGACCAGGAACAAGUGGAUAGUUCCGACAGUGAAUCGAGUAUGUCAGAGUUUAGUGAGGAUGAGGCACAAGAUAUGGAGUUAUAACAGCGACUUUUUGUGCAAAUGUUUAAUUACUAUGAUAAUAUUAAAUAUAAAAUUAAUAAUAUUUAUAUGAUGAUGAAAAAAAUGAAAAUUGACAAAAAUCAUACUAUACUGUUAAUAUAUUGAAGAGAUGGAUGGAUUACACAACAAAGAGGCGAUAUUUGGAGAACAAUGAGAAAAAAAUAGCAGAUAAAGCAUUGCAGAGAAGAAGAAAACAAAGUAAGAAAAAAUAUAUUUAAAAAAAAUUUAAACGAUUAUGAUGAAAAAGAAAACUACAAUUAACUUAAAAGUAGAAACGUCUAUAUUAAUGGAUUUAAAGAAAAGAAAAAUAAAGAAAGUAUAGUGAGAAAAUAAGUAAAAAACAAUUUUUGAAGUGUAAUUUGACGAUCUUUGAGUAAUUUUUUUUAUUCACAAUUUUUUUAUAUUAGUUUUAUUUCUGUUACUAUGGAAUAGAAAUGAUUUAUAUUUUGUGUUAACUCGUUCAAGUGGUAGACAAAACUUAAUUUUCACAUUUUUUUUUUGUUUUUUCCUAUAUCUUUUCACCAAAACCGUGCCAUUUUCUGAUGAUAAAAAAAAGAGUUAAUUAGAAAUCAAGCAAAAAAAAGAGAAAUAAACACAAAACAAACGAAACAAAAACAAUCGUAGAGUUGGCAUUAAAUUUUUUCCACACAGUGAAUUUUUUUAAUUAAAAAGAAAAUAAUUAAGAGAAAUUUAAAAAGAAUUUUCUUUUGAUUUUUGCUCCAGAACCAACCCCUUUUUCCGGAUUAAAUAUUUUCAAAGAUAUUUCAAUGCUGAAAAUAAAAUUUAAAAAAAAACUUAGUAAUAGAAGAUUUAAAAAGAAAGGAAAAAAAACCUUCGCGGGAAAAUGUUUAUAUUUUUUGAGAUAUAACAAAAAAAAAAGAAAAUGAAGAGAAAAAGAUUAAGCAGAGUAAUAAACAUAUAAUACAACUUUUUUGUGAUGUUUGACUAAGAGUUUUAAAAGUAAUUAAAUGUAGAUUCGAAGAGAGUAAAGUUUAUUGAUGAUGAAAAAAGAGAAAACAGAAAAAUACAAAAAAAAUUAAAUGUCUUUUCAAUUCGA